GUCUUUCAGCUGCCUUACGAUCGGCGCCGACUUUUGUACGGUGGCUCCGGUCGAUUCGAAGGACUCAUUUCAAUACGACGUAGGAACGAAGAGCGGCGGACUCCUCGUGUUGCGUUUCUUGCACCACCCUCCUUGUGCUCGCACCUAUAUCCACACUUUGGCUUUGGCCGAACCAUGUCCGCUCGUGCUGGCCAUCUUGCCAUCUUCAAAGCGUGAUACAAAAACCUGGCUCACAAUUACGUGACUGUUAUUAAUUGUUAUUGAUUGACAGCUUAAGAGAUUCCGGUGAACAAUCUUGUUCUUCCAGUAGUGUCUUCUCUCAGCAGCCCGGCUCUUCCAACAUGCCUCGAGUUUGGAACUCGUGAUGCACGGAGAUUCUGAAGAUCGAGAGCUCGCAGAUAGCCAGCCUUGUAUCCUCUUCUGAGUUGACGACUUGACACGUCUUCCAUGUACGAUGAGGUGAAAAUGUUCACGUUAUUUGCGGAUAAUCAGAUGACACCGAUCGUCUUCCAUGGGGGCGAAAACAACAAUAGCAAUUUGUGUAGAUUCAACAACGUUCUACUCACUGAUGACGAGGACAUUGCGGAAGACGAUGUCCAUUUUGAGGGCAUUGCGGUUGACUUCCCGAGAACAUGGAGAAAUUUUGACGAAGAAGUCUCGCCAGUGUUGAUCCGAGUUCCCCGUGGUGUUCAGUUCAGACGUGGAUUGCCUUCAUACGAGCUGAGUCAGAACGCGGCGACUCAGUGGGGUUUGAUGUCACCGGAGUUCAUAUUUCCUGGCAUCACGACUGCCUUCCCUGGCACAUUUGACGCAAUCGCCUCCGCCGGUGGGCUUGUCCUCAUCCCCAGUGAUCAAGAAAAUUUACAGGCGACAAGUUGCACCUCACUGGACUCGAGCUCGUGGCGGAAAUCCACUCUGAUAGUGUCGAAUCCCAGAGAAAGAUCUUAUCGAAUGUUGCCACCGAUGAUUGAUAUGUAUAAGGAGAUGACAUGUAACAGCUUCUACACGGAACCCACAAUGCCCCCGCCUCAAGUAAUGGGUAUAUUUACGGAUGCAUCUACCGGAGUCUAUCAUGUUCCGAUCUUACAUCGUUCCCCAUUGGAAUCAGACGUGGUUGCUAUGCAGGUUUACGACUCCGAUACAGAAGCUUGGAGAAUAUUUGGGCAGUGGAGGAUGUGGGAACCUGAAUGGAAAGAGAUCUUGGAGAUGACGUACGUGGAAGGGACUUUUUUUUUCCUGGUGCAUGACCAUGGGCAAGGCCGCCACGAGAUUCUUUUUCUGGAGGAUGAUGAGUGGCAAGCGAUUGGCCUUCUGCCUGAUGGUUACACACUUUCGAGUCCAACAAUAUUUGAGCUUGCAGGAUCACUUAUGCUGGGUGGAUUCCUGCCGAAGGAGCAAGUCAUGAACGAGUCGGAUUUGCUGUGUAUGAUAGGUGAAUCAACUGAAGAGUUGAGCUUCGGUUAUGUUUGGCACCAUGACUUUACCGACAUGAAAUGGAACCAUUUCUGUAAUGUACCAUUCUAUUGGAGUCAUAACCUCUACAGGAGAUCUCCCGGAAGUCCCCCAUGCACUUUGAAGAUCGUUGCAGGCGGCAAUUACGUAUGCUUUGCGAGCUCAAACGGCAAAAUUGCUCAAUUUGAUGUGUCAUACGAAGAGUGGACUUGGUUACCAGAUUUAGAGAUGAACAGCGAUGAGAAGAUUUUGAUUGUGGAUGGCAAAACGGACUCUCUCGGUUCAUAUGCAUUCUAAAAUGACCAUUCCAUUCUCUAGUUUAGAUCUCUAAUCUCAGUUUCAGAUCCAGCAAACCGUCUUAUCCAGAUCAUGGAGUUUCAUGCAUAUAUUUAAUCUGUAAGGACCUUACAAUUACUUUUGUCGAAGACCCUUUAUUUCGAACGCUCUGCUUAUAUGUACAGCGAAAAGGUAGAUAUAGAUGUUACGAGUUUUCCUUCCAUGCGCAUUAUCUAGGUCCCCAUACCACCAGCACACACUGUUGAGAGGAAAUUGCGGACCAAAAUUUUAUAUAUCACACUGAAUAUCUUCAUGACGAUAAUCAUACAGCUGCUCAACCAUCAUGUCCGAAUCAGCGGUUUUCAGUCAGACUUUGGAGGAUGAAACUGCAGCAAUAUACUCGUGAAACCUGGACUGCAUAUACAUCAAAUAUGAUUAUCGGCAUGACCUGUGCUUAAACAAUUCUAUUGCUUUACUAAAUGAUGACUCGUCUCAGUAAUCAUUAUGUAUUUUAAUGUCUUUG